UUCUGCAUGGUGUUCGUUUGUGUACCUGCUUCCAUUGGUAUGAUAUGGGCAGCAUCCCAUAAUGCCAUUGUACUGAAGAGACACUGCCAGGGCUCUUUCACUCAAUGAAAAAUCGGGGGUCCCCGCUAAUAGGGGAGGGGGGCGCUGCCUAUUUAGGAAUGUAGCAAGAGGAUGGGGAACGGUGUAGAAGGGACUGUAUUCCCUGCCUUGCUUUGCUGGGAAGUGAUUGUAAUUAAAUGAAGGAUGCAACACGUCUGGGAUUGGGAAUGAAUGAUUAACCGGACUUUAAGAGCCAUGGAUUUUUCCCAUAAACUGUUGGCAAAGAUGGCUAUGUGGAUGAAUGGAUUUGGACAGCAAUUGGAAAGGUACAAAUGAGACGUUUCCUUGGGCUCUGUCUGUUUUUGCUUUCACCUUGCUCAGCCCAGCAGCAGAAUUUGGGGGUUUCCUACUCAUCCCAACGCUCUAUUUGCUUGUGUGUGCCAAUAUCUGGGCAUAUGUGAGUGCCCAUUGCCGGAUGGGGGGUCUAAGCCUGUCACGGUCUGUGCUUGCAGACUACAAUGACUGCUUUUCACUGACACAAGCCUCAGGCAUCAGCCCAGUCUGGCUGUCUCUGUGGAUUGCGAGCUGUGGUGCGACUUUAGAGCAUUUUAUUGCACAAAUCCCAAUGUAAUCAGGCCUAGAUUGUCAGUCACAUAUCGAUAUUGAUUGCCUAAGGGUUUUUAUAUUAUCCGACACGAUGCUUGUGGGUGGGCAGUAGCAGAAGCCUUGUACCUUUUGCUUGAACACUAAAGCUGCCCUGUCUGUGGAAGGCUGGAUACUGGCAAUAACAAAAAUAGAAUUGAUGCAUUACUUCUUCCGUUAAAAGGUUUCUCUGCUAAACUCAGGAAUAUGCACUGAAAUAGCUGUAUUUGCCGUUAUCAUCAAUGCAAAAGCAAUUGAUGCCCAUUAGUAGUAUGUCUUCCUGAGCUUUUAGCGAUGUUCUAGCCAGACUGGCAUUGCCAAGCUAUUAUUAGACAAUACACAAUGAUGGCGUGCAAGCUGUUUUUGUACGAGCUAGGUUUGCUAUAAGAAGCCAUUCUCCAGCUCGCUUUGGGUAAAAAGGGGGACCGAACGGAGAGUAUUUUCCAAAGCAAAAUCGCCAGCGCCCCUUCAAAGUGCCAUUUGAUUCCAAAUCCGACUGGCGUUGUAAAUCCAACAUAGAGGUGGUGUUGGCUGCGGUCAAUCUGAAUCCUUGAUCCUUCCCUCAGGUAUAUUUCUUGAACGAUCCUGGGUUUAAGGAUCCACAAACCACAAGACUUAGCCCAAUUUCGAGCUAUUUAACCCCUUGGCUAGCGGAAUGGCGGGAGUGCAACGCAUUGCGGUACAAAUGCGUUGAUAGAUUCCAGCCAAGUCCGAGUGGAUUGAAUGGAACAAGCGAGCCUGUCUGGGAGCGGGAAGGGGAGAGCGAUCCGGGCGCUGUUCACUGGUGCGGUGCUGAAAUAACUCGCCGGGAAAGGAGGUAAGAUGUACCAUUGCUGCUCCCCAGUCACGUUUGACCAGGACUUAAGUAAGAAAAUGCAGAUGUGGAUUCUACAAACGAUUGCAUUUGCUGUAACAUCGUUGGUUCUCUCCUGGGCAGAAACAAUAGAAUACUAUGGCGAAGUGUGUGACCAUUCAUGUCCUUGUGAGGAGCGAGACGGUAUAUUAACUGUCAACUGUGAAAACAGAGGGAUCAUUAGCCUUUCUGAGAUUAGCCCUCCACGUUUCCCCGUCUAUCAUCUCCUGCUCUUUGGGAAUCUCUUAAACAGACUUUACCUGAAUGAGUUUGUCAAUUACACCGGAGCUUCUAUUCUACAUCUUGGGAACAACGACAUCCAGGAUAUCGAAACAGGGGCGUUUAAUGGACUUCAGGGUCUAAAGAGAUUGCAUCUGAACAAUAACAAGUUGGAACUUCUAAAAAAUGACACCUUUAUUGGCCUACAAAAUUUGGAGUAUUUGCAAGUUGAUUAUAAUUUUAUAAUCUCCAUAGAGCCCAAUACAUUUAGCAGGCUGCAUUCUCUGCAAGUCUUAAUAUUGAACGAUAAUCUUUUAUCUACCUUGCCUACCAAUCUUUUUCGUUUUGUUCCCUUAACACAUUUAGACCUAAGAGGAAAUAGACUGAAAGUGCUCCCCUAUGUGGGACUCUUGGAGCAUAUGGAUAAGGUGGUGGAGCUGCAACUGGAGGAGAACCCGUGGAAUUGUUCGUGCGAAUUAAUUGCCCUGAAGGAUUGGCUUUACAGUAUCUCUUAUUCUGCUUUAGUAGGUGACGUCGUUUGCGAAACUCCCUUCCGAUUGUAUGGGAGAGAUCUGGAUGAAAUCUCCAAACAGGAGUUGUGCCCCAGGAAACUCAUCUCCAUCUAUGAGAUGCGCCCCCAGAUCCCAAGGAGUACCAGCGAGUACUUCCAUACUACUCCUGCCUCGGUGAAUUCGGGGGCCACUAUCUCUUCCUCUGUUUACAAAAAUCUCACGAAACCCAAAAGCACACGGCAACCCAACAGAUCCAAAGGGCGGACCACAUCCCAUCGUCCCCCUAUAGAUUCUGGAUAUAGUAUAAGCAUCGCUUAUCAGACCAAAUCCCCUGUGCCUUUGGAGUGUCCUACAAACUGCACUUGUAAUCUGCAAAUAUCCAACCUGGGACUAAACGUCAACUGUCAAGAGAGGAAAAUUCAGAGUAUAUCCGACUUACACCCUAAACCUUACAACCCCAAAAAGAUGUAUCUCACAGGUAACUACAUCGCUCUGGUUCGCAGGACGGAUUUCAUUGAUUCCACUGGAUUAGACCUUCUUCAUCUUGGAAAUAAUCGAAUAUCAGUUAUCCAGGAUCGAGCCUUUGGGGAUCUGACUAAUUUACGUAGACUGUACCUAAAUGGCAAUUCUAUUGAAAAGCUGACACCAGAAUUGUUUUAUGGCCUUCAGAGCCUCCAGUACCUAUUCCUCCAGUAUAACUCAAUUAAGGAAAUCGAACCUGGAACAUUUAAUUUUGUCCCAAACCUUCACCUUUUGUUUCUAAAUAACAAUCUUAUGAAACAUCUGCCCAGCAACAUUUUCUCUGGGUUGAACCUUUCCAGGCUGAACCUGAGAAGUAACCUGUUUUCCCACCUUACAGUGAGCGGAGGGCUAGACCAGCUCAAGUCUUUGGUGCAGAUAGACCUCCAUGAAAACCCAUGGGAUUGCACAUGCAAUGUGCUGGGGAUGAAGCUUUGGCUGGAACAGCUCAGUGUGGGAGUUUUGGUGGAUGAUGUGAUUUGCAAAUCGCCCCCGAAUUUCGCCCUUAAAGAGAUGCGAGCUAUAAAGCCUGAACUGCUAUGCCCGGAUCACUCUGCUAUGGAAGCCACCACUUCUACCCCUUCCCCGGUGCUCCCCUCCGAGAGUACCACCGCCCUAAUUCAUCCUUCCAAGUUCAAUAACAACUCCAGCAGCUCCGUGCCCUUGUCUGUGCUCAUACUCAGCCUGCUCCUGGUUUUCAUCAUGUCUGUGUUUGUGGCUGCCGGCUUAUUUGUCCUUGUCAUGAAAAGGAGAAAAAAGAACCAGAACGACCCAGCCAGCACUAAUAACUCAGACGUGAGCUCAUUCAACAUGCAAUACAGCGUGUAUAGCAACCGGCCGCUGCCCAAAGUCAAGACGCCGGCAGGCCAUGUGUAUGAAUACAUCCCCCACCCUCUGGGUCACAUGUGCAAAAACCCCAUCUACAGAUCCAGGGAGGGGAACUCUGUGGAGGAUUAUAAAGAUCUCCACGAACUUAAAGUCACCUACAGGGAUCACCUGGAGGAGGAGAGGGACAGUAGCCUGAGGGGAACCAGCUACAGCGUCAGCACCAUAGAAUCCCGGGUGGAGCUGUCCCCUGUGCAAGACACCGACCGCGUCUACCGAGGGAUUUUGGAACCGGAUAAAGGCCCAUCGCCAGGACCAAACAUUGAUUAUAAAUAUAGCAACCCCAAUACUUUCACUUACGCCCCCAAGCGACAGUUCUUGCAUCCGGACAGACUAAGGGAAGCGAUGCUGUACAGCACGCCUAGUACUGUCUAUGUGGAACCCAACAGGAACGAGUACCUGGAAUUAAAAGCAAAACUAAACGUGGAGCCGGACUACCUCGAAGUGCUGGAAAAACAGACCACUUUUAGCCAGUUCUAGACUCUCCGAUCACCCAGUGAUCUGUCAUACAAAAAGGACUAUAUGACGAUUUUGUUGCUUCAACCUUCGGAUGAAGUGCCUUGGCACAAGAUUUUCAGCUGCAGCAAAUUCCACUGAAAGGGUGUGCACUUUUUCUUCUUUUUUUUUUUCUUUUGUAGGACAGCUUAUAUUGUAUAAACUGGGCACAACAUUUACUGUUUGCAACGUGUGGCCCCCCCUGAGGCCAGUUUGUGCAGCCUGAGAAUAAUUGAAUUGAAAUCUCUCCUGGUGCUAGGAGGAGGUAUCUAUGUGGAAAACACCAUCUUAUGCUAUGUUACCCUUCAGAUAAGGGUGGGUCUAACCGACUUUCUUGGUGUUUUAGCACCCCCUCCCCUGAGUUUAAUAUAACAAUCCAUUUUUACAGGAUGUAUUUGUAUGCUUUCUGGACUUUUGAAGUAAACGCUAAAUUAUGUACACUACUAAGAUCUUUAUGCAUCACCUUAGAAGGUGUAAACCAAUUCUAAAGUGCAAAGACAUAGAAUCCAUAACUUGGGUAGUCAAAAUAACUUAUUGUUAAAAUAUCAAAUAUUUUAAUGUAGCACCUAUUUUUAUAUGCACAUAAGCAUUUAUUUUGUUUGUUGUUUUUUUUUUUUUUCCUUCACUAUUUCAGUCUUUGAUUUGCUCAGAUGUGUUGCACUACAUGAACAGGGGGACUGAGAGCUAACAUGAGCAUUACGUAUUAUGGAGGAGGAGAGAACAAAGCUAAGAAGUCAAGGUGGCCAUUAUAAUAGACACACUUUAGGGCAAUCAGUUGGCCACCAUAUUUAUUGCCAUGUGGGUUGGAUAAGGCAGUAAUGGAGAAUGUUAAUACUCUCAUUAUUGGGCAAUUCGUAGGACUAAAUAGUGAGGAAUAUAUAAACAAUUCUUGAUAUUAGGAGGGAAAAUAUUACAUUUCAUUAGUAAACCAAAUGUAAUUAUUCGACUACUGUUGUAGCCAAUUUCAACUGCACUGUAUAGAACGGUGUGUGUGUCCUGUCACCUGAGAAGUGUGCAGCAAGGAAUGUACAAACUCAGAAGAAAAGAAAAAAGAGAAUUUUUCUAAUAUCUACAUAAUAUUUUUGAGAGGGGAAAAAGUGCAAUGAUACAUGUAUCUAACAUGUAUAUUAAUCUAAGAAAACACGUAUCCAUUUGGUAUGCAUCACUCAUUAUAAUCUGCAGUCCUACAAUUCUUUACUCUGACUCAGUCAGGAGAAAAAGACUUCAGAUAGUUUCCAUUGCUCACGCUUUAUAAAUAUGAGAUGAAGUCACAGUUAUCUGGUAUUCUUAAUGGUCCUAAUUCUUUUGGUAUAUCCUGAAGUUCAGGAUCUUGAGCCAUCUAAAUCCAAAUAGCACCUCAGGAUCAAUAGCCUAAAAAUAGAAUUUCUUUCACACUUUAUUGUUGGGGAAGAAUGAAAGAUUCUAUACUAAACAAUCACACCACCACUACCAGCUGGAAUAUGUGAUAACUGCGCCUAUAUCUGUAUCUUCUUGCUUUUCCAAAUCCUUAAAGGCACCUUUGUUUACUUGAGACAUUGUUUCAUUGUCCGGGGGGGGAAAUGAAUAUCAUUUUGUUACGUAUAUUAAAAUUUCAUGUUUUUCGUAA